AUGACUCCCAAACCACUUACGCUCCAGAGCUCUGAUGGAGAAGACAUCUUCGUCGAGCGCGAAGUUGCCGAACGAUCCAUCCUGAUAAAGAACAUGGUCACCGAUCUUGGUGAAGAAGCCAUGGAAGAACCCAUCCCCAUUCCCAACGUCAAUGCCGCCGUCCUGAAGAAAGUCAUCGAAUGGUGCCAUCACCACAAGCACGACCCCCCCUCCACCAACGAGGACGAUUCCGACUCGCGCAAGAAGACUACGGACAUUGAGGAGUGGGAUCAGAAGUUCAUGCAGGUCGAUCAAGAAAUGCUGUUUGAGAUCAUUCUGGCCGCAAACUAUCUUGACAUCAAGGCUUUGCUCGACGUUGGGUGUAAGACGGUCGCCAACAUGAUCAAGGGCAAGUCUCCCGAGGAGAUCCGGAAAACAUUCAACAUCCAGAAUGACUUCACACCCGAGGAAGAAGAUCAAAUUCGACGGGAAAACGAGUGGGCUGAGGAGUAA